ACGCGUUAGUAUCCAUCCGGAAAUGGAGCGACUUGAUUUGUGGAGCAGGGCUCGUCUGUUCUUCCACCUGCUCGCCACCGUGCACCUGGGCUAUGCCAUCUACUUCGACUGGCGGUAUGCCCAGUUGCCACAGGUGGCGGUGACCCUGCGGCUGGAGCCACCGAUUGGGGGCAAGUUCAAGUACAUGACCUUUCUGGGCGGCCUCCUGCAGCUGGGCUACUAUGCCCUGGCGCUGACCUUUGACCUCCUGCGCCUGAGAUCGCUGAGGAAACUGCGAGACUACAUCUUCGCCAGCUUUGCCAUACCGCUGUCGCUCACAGUGGGUUUAACCUUCUGGACACUCUUUGCCAUCGAUCGGGAAUCGAUAUAUCCUGUGCUGCUGGACUUGGUCUAUCCCAACUGGCUGAACCACACCAUGCACACCUUCGUCGUGCUCUACGCCAUUGUGGAGCUCGGGAUCACACGACAUCGAUAUCCGGAACGCAGGCGAGGAUUGACUGGACUGGGCGCCUUCAUGGUGGGUUACCUGGUGUGGAUACACAUCGUGUGGUUCAGGACCGGCAUCUGGGUGUAUCCCUUCCUUGGCGGCAUCGCCUGGCAGCUGAGAGUCCUCUUCUUCGUCCUUAUCAUGGUCCUCGGAUUCGUCUACUAUCUCCUUGGCGAGCGAGUUAAUCUCGUUUUGUUACAGAGAACUGCUGGCACUCACAGGUGAAAUGGUAACGAUGUCCAUCUGGUAAUUUAAGGAAAAUAACGUAUUUGAUCAAAUAAAUAAUCCCCCCUUUCAUAUUAAAUUAAACAUGAUUACUGAGGAAAGCCAAGCUGUGUAACUAUUCAAAUCGUACAAAGACAAAGUAAUAAAGUGUAAACAUUUUGCUAGAAA